AUGAUUCUGUAUUAUAUAUAUAACAUCUUUAGAUUUAAAAAAUGGAAAAUAUUACUGUUAAUUGGUAUCUGCAUUCUUGCUUUAAGAAUCAAUGUUAUUUUACAAAGUUUAUAUCCUUCUAUAACACAACUGACAGAGCUGCAUAAAUGUCCAGCGUGUUAUGGCAUUUCUGCAUGUCAUAACAUUAACAAAGUAGAUCUCCUGUGGAAUGAUGUUAAUGCGAUAAUUUCUCAUUUGUUUGGCGUUAAAAAUGUAUUCUUUGGAACAUAUAAUCAAAGUAAAGUGGUCCUAAAAAAAUUGGCACACUCUUCUGAAUUAAAAGCGCUUGACAUUACAUUAUGUAAUGAACUCCAUUUGGAAUAUCCCUGCUCCAAUGUUCCAUUAGACAGAUAUAAAGCAGAUUUUUAUAAUCUCAUUAGAAAAAUAAUUACUUCUGAUUUUUCCAAGGAUGAUACAAGUCGAUUAAGACUUUGUCCAACAAUCAGACAUUUAGAUGACCUAUUUUAUAAUGUUCAUCUUAACAAUAAACAUAUUGAUCCCACACAAUAUCUAAUUAAUCUCUGGACAUUGGUUUCCAUAAAUCCAGAGCCUUUAAUACUUCAGAUAUUAUCUGCUGAAAAUGGAUGGCCUGUACCAAGAUAUUUCGGAGCUUGCGGUCGGAUUAUUAUUGAAGAAUACGUUGGGUUACCACUGUCUGAUUAUUAUGACAAAUCUUGGAUUCAAAGAGUAAAAAUAGCUUCAAGUCUUUUAAAUGCUGCUUAUUUGUUUACCUUCAAGAACGAAAUGUUUGGUUUUUAUUUAACGGAUAUAUCGGCUGAUAAUAUUGCCGUUGAUCAUGAAAAUGUAGCGAAAUUUAUCGAUUUGGAGAAUAUUAUAAUUGUUGACAAAAAUAUUUCUCAAGAAGAUGAUCCAAAGGAAUGGCAGAAAAUACAUAACACGAUACACUUUGAUUGUCCUAAUUGUUUUGCAUUUUCUUCCAAGGAUAUUUGUAUUCAUUAUUUAAGCGACCACAAUUAUUAUGCAAUUUGCCAGCUUCUAUUAAAUUCAGGAAAUGAAAAUCCAUUUCCUGGUGGAUUUCUUCACGAUGUACCUACUAAUAUUGAGCAGCAAUAUCCGGACAUUAAGGAUUUAUUGCAACAAUGUGCCGUUCCUCAUUCUACUAAUUCCAGAAUAUUUUUUGGUCAGCGACUAAAGGUAUUAUUGGAUGCAAUUUUAGACGAAAUACCUCAAUAUGAAUAUACCAUAAAGUAG